CCUGCAUUUUUGCUUUUCUUGGAUAUUCUAAUUCAAACAGACUGACGGAGUAUUUACACGGUGUUGUAGGCAAAAUCUAAAUGAUCUGUGAAGGGGGAUGAUGGGUAAACAGUAGAGGGCAGCAGUCGGAGAGCUAAUGGGCUGGCUGAAACGUGACGAAGUGAAACAGGAAGUGCGUCAUUGUGUUUCCUUGUUGACGUUUUGUUUUAGGAAAAGGCGGCAAAUGGUGAUAGGGCACAGGUCUGUUUCUAGGGCUUGGCUUCAGUUUGUUCGUGGUUUCUGCAACGUUCACCGCAGCACUGACGGACAGUGGUCGGAGAUGGCGGGUAAGAGAGGAGCGCUCAUCGUGCUGGAGGGGGUGGACAGGGCCGGGAAGACCACGCAGUGCAGCAAGCUGGUUCAAGCUCUGCAGCAGAGCGGCAGGCCGGCUGAGAUGAUGAGAUUCCCCGACAGGACCACGACGAUCGGACAGCUGAUUGGGGCUUACCUGGAGAACAAGAGUGAUUUGGAGGACCACACGGUGCACUUGUUGUUCUCUGCAAACCGCUGGGAGAUGGUGCCUUUAAUGAAGAAGAAGCUGGAGCAAGGCAUCACUCUGGUUGUAGACAGGUAUGCUUUCUCUGGAGUUGCUUUCACCAGCGCUAAGCCGGGCUUCCGCCUGGACUGGUGCAUGCAGCCUGAUGUGGGACUGCCAAAGCCAGACCUCGUAAUGUUUCUGCAGCUGAACCCGGCCGAGGCUGCUCUCAGAGGACAGUUUGGGCAAGAGAGAUACGAGACGAGCGUCUUCCAAAGAACAGUGCAACAGCGGUUUGAACAGCUGAUGAAGGAUCAGACAGUAAACUGGCAGGUGAUCGAUGCAGCACAGAAUAUUGAAAAUGUUCACAAAGACAUCACAGCCCACAGCCUCAAUGCCAUCAACAAAGCACAGAACCUGCCGCUCGGAGAGCUCUGGAGUGAAACUCUUAAAAACUGAAGUCCUCUCCUGCACCCCACAAACUUCAUCCCACACGUUUACUUGAGUAAAAUAUUACGUCCCACACUUGUACAAGUCAAGAGAGCUAUACAAAUUGAAAUUCAGCUCUUUUUAUUUUUGCUUUUUUCAUUCUUUUACAUAACUAUUGUUCUGUCACCUGCCUAUAUACUGCUUUGAUUAAAUAAAUAAUCUUCCAAUGGA